AUGGAAACCGGUGUCCGCAAAAAACGAACACUUGCCGAGCGUCGAGAAUCCGAUAAGCUCCGACAAAGAAGGUUUCGUGCUAAGAAAAGAGAAGAAGCACGUCUUCUAGAAGCUAUCACCGGAGUCGUAGAAGUACAAAAGCCAGAAAGGAGCUAUUCAACUCCUAAAAAGACCGCUGAAGAGAUUCGAGAAACAAACCGGAUUCGUCAGCAGAGAUUCAGAGCCAAACGACGAGAUGGAGGAUCCCUGAUAGAUUCAGUUCUAACUAUGGAAGUUAAGAAGGAAAUAGAGCAGCCGGAAGAAGUACCAACUACAGCAUCUGUGUCUCAGCCUCCAACUGAUCCAGCAGAUAUCGUUCAGCGUAUUCUUCUACAGGCAGCUAGUGACGAGAAAACUAGACUAACUGAAAUUCGACGAGAAAAGGAUAGAAUCAGAAAGCGUAGAGAGCGUCAAAGAAAGAAGGAUCAUGCAUUGAAAGAGGGUGGCUUGACAACUGAGCAGAUCUUGAAACACCUAACGGGAUUCCAACAAAGCACACAGGAAAAGGACCAACCAACCGAACCACAGAGAGAAUAUGAAAACACUGAUGAAUUCGCUAUGGAAGUUGAUCCUGCAGAAGCAGACGAUGUCGAAGAAACAAAAGAGAUACAUGAAUUCGAUGCCCAACAUAUUAUGGCACAGCUGGUUCAGAUGGGAUUAGUUCUUGGAGAAUCGCCUUCUUCGGACGGCAGUGACGAAUCUCCCGUACUCGAAAUCAAAGAGAUGACUCCAGAAACAUCAGAAUCCACGUCAUCUCCACCACCUUCUUCAAUUCUAGAUGUUUUCACUCUGGAAAAGAAGCCCUGGCAAAGAUGUAAUACAUCGGAAGAACGACGAGAACGAGAACGUAUGAGAAAAAGAAUGUAUAGGGCAAAGAGGAGGUUCAUCUCAACGGGAAAACUGGAGAUGCAAUGGGAUCCGAGUCCGAUCAAGAGGUCACCAAACGAUGAUCCAGAGGAUGGAAUAACUCCGCUUCCAGAUUGGAGUAAAAGUUCGUCGGCCGAAGAAAGACAAGCCGCUCAUAGAAUUUAUAAUAAGAGAUAUCGUGAAAGGCUGAAGUAUUCUGUAAUGAGAGAGGAAGCAUCCAGAAGUCAGAGUAGAGAACCUUCGCUCACUUCGAAACAAUCAGAAGAUGGAGUCGCAUCGGAGAGAGAAAUUUCUAGAUUAGAAUGCCAGAAAAAGUAG